UUUGCUUCAAUUAACUGCUGCACACUCAAUCUGCCCUCCCUCUGGAAUAACAGUAGUCACAGUUUCCUGGCAUUAACAGGACAUCACAGAACAUUGUUAUCCUCCUUGUUUGUCGGGCACACAUGCUUAAUUAACUGUGAAGAAAAGCUUUAUAGGAGGAAGUAGACGUUCAGUGCCAGAGGGGCUAUCAUGUUGCCACAGAAACAGCUCAGAGGACACUCAGUGAACUACUUCUGUCAGAAAUCAUCAGCUUCUGGUAAUACUCAGACUGCCAUGAUGGAAAGAAAGGGGAUUCUUUUUUUCUUUUUUUUUGUAGAAAUGAAAGUUGGAAGCAUGUUGUUAAGAGCUGCAUUCAUGACAACCACGAGUUAAAUUAUAGGAAUUUUCAGGCUUAAAUAAAUAAGAACGUUUAGAUCAUUUAAAAUAUAGAGUAACGAGAGACACUUAGGUGACCGCAUUUUCAAAACAUCCAGUUUUCAGUGGGCACAUUCAGUUCAAGUAAUAACAGCACUCUCUGAAUGACAGUUAUGAGGUUUACCAUGACAGCAUCAAUAGCUGUCUCAGGUUGUGGUGAAAAAUAAUCGACAUUAAAAACAAGCUGGUGUAACAGCACAUCUGCUCUGUGUUUCCUCCUGCCAGGCAGAACCUCCAAAGAAGCCGUCCAACUGGCGCAAAAAACAUGAUGACUUCAUCGCUACCAUCCGGGCUGCUAAGGUCAUCACUCAGGUCAUGAAGGAUGGCGGACCAUUACCUCCACCUCCUCCUCCUACUUAUGACCCAGACUAUGUCCAGUGCCCUUGCUGUGACCGGAGGUUCAACCAGGGUGCAGCUGACAGACACAUCAAGUUCUGCCAGGAGCAGGCUGCCCGUAUGCCAACCAAGGGCAAGUUAGGAGAUGCCAAGAAGCCUCCUGGUCACACACCGUCCAAGCCUCCUGCCCCUGUAAAGAAGGCCAACUCUCCUGCUGUGUCAGCCAUCCCUUCAGCCUCCUCUCGUUUACCCCAGAGAUCAGGCCUUGGACAGCUCUCUGGGAUCCCAUCUAGUAAGGUCUCUUCUGCAGGUUCAGUGAGGAGCAAUCCCUCUGGCCUCACAAGCCCUCCAUCAGGUGUGGGAAGUAAGACUCGAGGUGGGAGCUCCGGCUAUGGCUCUGUGAGGACCCCUCAGUCGGGAACGGCAAUCAACAAGAAGAAAGUAGACACCUGCAUAUCUAGGAAUGACGUGGUUGACAAUGGUGGGAUGCGGAGCAAGUCCUGUCAUGCUUGUGGGACCAAGUACCCGGUUGAAUCCGCCAAAUUCUGCUGCGAGUGUGGAGUCAGGAAGAUGUGUAUCUGAUGGCGGUCAGGAGAGGGAGAAACUAGAGAUGUAUGGGGAUGGCACUGGUAUUCAAACUAGCACUGGAGAGGUUUGACAAAGCUAAUCAGUCUGUAUUUUCACGCUUGUGGGUCUCAUUUCACGGCAGUAAAGUGGUGUAAUCGUCGGCAAAAUACCCCACGGUGCAGUGUCAUGGAAUCUGCUGGUCCAUGCCACUUUAUUCACAUUUCUUCAGUGCUUCCUGCUUCAUAGUAUACCAUUUGUGAUUAGUACACACCAUAACCUACAAUUAAUUUUGCAUUUAGUCACUAUGAUUGCUGUGUAUUGCGGCUGAUGGCAUUUAGUGGCAAAACUGAUACAGCUGGUAUAAAGUUAUGUUAAACUGUGUUACGGUUCAUGAUAUCAUCAGCUGAUGUGGCUAAUGAUACAGGAACAAGCCAUUCUGCUGGUACAGCACCGCGGCUGAUUCCACCACAUGAAGAUUAUUGCCGUGAAACUAGAGUAAUCAUUUUAUUACUCAUUUUAUUGUUGUUGGACAAUAAUUAUGUUUAUCAGAGUCAAUAUCAGCAACUGAAAGCCAUUGGUGCAUCCUUAGAAGAGAGUACAGAUGAGUGAGAGAUUGGCUAAAAGCGAAGAGGUGGGUUGUAAAAUGUGAACGAGGAGGUAAUGGGUUAGUGUUGGGUGACUCAUUGGAGGGUGGGUGUGAUUACCCGCGUAUCUCAAUCCCCAGUCAACCGUGAUCUGAAAUGCAUUCCUUAAUCCCAAAAAUAUGUUCUUAUUGAAGUGCAAUACGAUUGACUACUGAAGAAAACAGUGUGGUUUUUGUUAAAGGAAGUGUGUUGUCAUUUUUGGAAAGACAUCGCCUUGUUUCAGCAGACCAGUCCAAAAAUGAACCAGCUGUUAUAAAGAGGUCAGUGCUCCCUUUACGGUACCUUUCACAGGCAACAUUUGUUUCCAGCUGUCUUAAUGUUACCCCUCAUAGGCCGGACUUCUCUAGACAAAUGUAGCAUUAACUCAAACCCGUUUAUUCCCCCUCAUUUUAUACAAUGCAAUUAAUUAUUUAUUUUUCAUUUUACUGAAUGAACAAUGACUGCAUCUCUUUUGUUAAUGCUUUAUGGAAUUAAAAUGUUUUUCUCUGG